GACCAUGGCGGCGAGGAUUGCGUGGCCCCGUUUCCGGGCGCUGCUGGUGGCCCACCGCUCCUACCGCAGCCCUCGGCUCCUGCCACAGGCCAGGCCGACUAUGGCGAGCCCGUGCCCCAGCCGGCUGAGCAGUACCGGCCCAAGCCUCGCCACUGGGGCCGCUUCCCUGGCCCGCUCCGGAGGCUUCGUGGGAGGCCGCUGGCUCCAAGCGGCAGCCACUUUCCCCGUGCGAGACCCGGCCACCGGCACGGAACUCCUCCAGGUAGCGGAUUGCGGCGUAGCUGAAGCGGAGGCCGCCGUGAAGGCCGCCUACGAAGCCGGCGCUGCUUGGAGCGCAGUUUCUGCCAAGGAUAGAGCGGUUUUGCUUCGUAAAUGGUAUGAUUUGAUGAUAGAGAAUAAAGAUGAACUUGCAAGGAUCAUUACAGCAGAAAAUGGAAAACCACUGAAGGAAGCAGAAGGGGAAAUCUUGUAUUCGGCUUCUUUCUUGGAAUGGUUUGCUGAAGAAGCCCGGCGUAUUUAUGGUGAUAUUAUCCCAGCUUCAGCAAAAAACAGGAGACUCCUUGUGUUGAAGCAGCCUGUGGGAGUCGCUGCCAUCAUUACACCAUGGAAUUUUCCAAGUGCUAUGAUUACCCGAAAAGUAGGUGCUGCUUUGGCAGCUGGUUGUACAGUAGUAGUGAAGCCAGCUGAAGACACACCUUUAUCUGCCCUAGCACUUGCCGAGCUUGCAAAUCAGGCUGGAAUCCCUGCGGGGGUAUAUAAUGUUGUUCCAUGUUCCAGACAGCAGGCAGCAGCAGUUGGUGAGGUGCUCUGUACUCAUUCCUUGGUAGCUAAAAUCUCAUUUACUGGCUCAACAGCUACAGGAAAGAUAUUGCUACGCCAUGCUGCUGGCACAGUGAAGCGGGUUUCCAUGGAGCUCGGAGGACAUGCUCCGUUCAUAGUCUUUGACAGUGCUGAUGUAGAUAAAGCAGUUGCUGGAGCUUUAAUAUCUAAAUACAGAAAUUCAGGGCAGACCUGUGUAUGUGCAAACCGCUUCUUGGUUCAGAAAGGGAUCCACGAUGAAUUUGUCAAGAAGUUUGCCCAAACCAUUCAGAGAGAACUACGUAUUGGCCAUGGAUUUGAUGAAGGCACUACCCAAGGGCCAUUAAUUAAUGAAAGAGCUGUAGAAAAAGUGGAAAGUCACAUCGAUGACGCUGUGUCCCAAGGAGCAUCCAUAGUUACUGGAGGAAAAAGGCACAGCUUUGGGAAAAAUUUCUUUGAGCCAACUCUGCUUUGCAAUGUGUCAACAAGUAUGUUAUGUACCCAAGAAGAGACUUUUGGCCCUUUGGCUCCAGUUAUCAAAUUUGAUACAGAGGAAGAAGCACUCGCCAUUGCAAAUUCAGCCAAUGUGGGUUUAGCAGGCUAUUUCUAUUCUCAAGACCCAGCCCAGAUUUGGAGAGUCGCUGAAAAACUGGAAGUUGGCAUGGUUGGCGUUAAUGAAGGGAUUUUAUCUUCUGUGGAGUGUCCCUUUGGUGGGGUCAAACAAUCGGGGCUAGGGAGAGAAGGGUCUAAAUACGGUAUCGAUGAGUACUUAGAAAUAAAAUAUGUUUGUUUGGGAGGUUUAUAAUAGCCAUUGUUAGGACAGUAGCCAAAUUACAACUCUAGUUUUGGCCUUUCAGUCUUUGUUUUAGCAAGUUAACUUGGAUUUUUUUUUUCAUAAAAUAACUGUGAUCAGGUUUACAUAUAGAGAUGUCUGUACUUGAAAUCAUGUCAAUAGAUAUAAAAUAGUUCUUCAUAAUUACAUAAAAAUAUUAUCUAUCUUAAUCUUAAUGUGGAAAGAAAUCCUAUUUGCUGUUGAUAUUUGGAAGAAUUUGGAAAACUAUUGAUUUUUUUGGAACAUAUAAGGCAGCAUUUCUGCUCAUUUUUUUUUCACAUGUAGAGGGUUAUAAAAAUGAUGGAAUCUUAAAUAUUUGUGCCAAAUUUUGGAUUUUACUCUUUUUUCUAAUACUUUGUUUUUUAAUUAAUUGGGUAGCAAUCCAAUUUUUAUAGUUCUUUAGCUGUCGUCUGAAAUAUGGGUGUCCUUGUGGAUAUACAUUCAUUUCUAAUAUCCUAUUGGUCAAUAGGGCUAGACUUAUUUAAGAAGAGAUUUGCAAUUUGUAGCCGGUGGUAAAGUUUUGCAGUAGUACAGAUUAAUGGGCAGUAAUAAUUCCUGCCAAAUUAUAAUGUACAUAGUCUUCAGAGACUCUUGAUUUGGCAGAAAAAAUAUAGAUUUUAUGAGACAGUGUAAUAAAAACCAAUUGUAACAAUAAAUAUUAAUAUACGUAAUAGAUUCUUUCAGACCUGCUGGGGACCAAUAACUACAUAAGUAGUUAGGUUUCAUUGAUACAUAUUCAUGAGCUGCUAUAGGAAACUUGUCAGUACUCUAUGGAUGAAACAUUUGGCUCCUGCAGAAUUAAACUGAGUGGUUUAUUAUUCUCUUUUGUAAUAUAUUAUUUUUUAAGUGAGAUGGGAAAAUUAGGAUGGAACUGACACAAUGCUGCAUUAUACUGAA